AUGAACUGCUCUCGCGCACCGAUGAAGCGAAAGAGCAUUGCUUCUCUCAAAGACGGAAAGGUAAAUUUACCUUAUCUUUAUUUGUUUUUAACGAUUUCAUUGGAAUAUGUCCUGUUCAGAGGGUUAAAUCGAUCUCACACGAGGGUACCCCAGUCGUUGAGGAAAUCUCGACUUCAGACGCCGUGAUCGAUAAUGUAAGUAAUCUCUUCGCCAUCUGAUAGAAGAAUGAAUUGCAGCUUCAUGAGAUCAUCAGCAACGUCAUCCAAAUGAAGGAUCUGCCCGAAGCGGCGGUCAUAGAGCUGAAAGGCUUCGACGUUUCGGCGACGUCGAUGGAAGAAUACAAACAGAAACGAGAGCAAAUUCGUCAAAUGGUCGGCGACUCUGACUUCUUCGACAGAAAAACUGAACUCAAUCUCGGAGUCGUAAGUCUAACCGAAAUCAAUGUCAUUCUAUUACAAUCAAAUUUAUUAGGCUUCUCUGGCCGGUGCUCAAUUGGAAGUCGACAAGAAAGUAACGACCAGACGUAUGAGCCGAAAACUGCACGACGAAUGUGGAAUCAAAGAGAAUGACAUCCUGUACAAAGGACUCGAUUACCACGGAACUGAAUCGCGUGUCAGCAGAGAGCUCAGAGAGUGAGAACUCCGCUUUCUUUGUUCUUUUUCAACAAACUUUCAGUUCCCGUCAGGCAUCGAUCAUCGAGUCUUGCGUCGACUUUCAGAAGCAGAUUCAGUGGAAAAUGGGACUGAUCGAUCACGUGAAAGCCGCUUCAGAUGCCGGCAAAACGUAUCCUAUGUCUGAUGGACCAAGUGUUCGAACUCGCGGAGGACAAGAUAAACUGAGAGAAGAGAUGAAAAAGAAGCAGAAGGAGCUGGAGAAAACUAGAAAGAACCGAAAUAAUGGCGAAGAAGACCCGUUCCAGACGCCGCAGAAGAAGAUCGAAUUCAAUGCGCUGGAUGAGAGAAGAGUAAGUGUUUCGCAAAUUGUUUUAAUAAUCGUUAUCACCUUCGUUUCCAGAUUAUUGAGAAUUACCAGCUGGAAGUGGCGUCUGAAGUUCGCACUCACCGCCCGGACGUCCGCCGCGGAAUCGCCCCGGUUCCCUUCGACAUCAACAUCCUCGAUGAAGAAGAGGACGAUUGA